CCGGGGGCAGAGGGGAAGAGCGUGAGAAAAGAAAUAAGCCACGGAAACACCACACCUCCGGCGCGUGCUCCUCCGCCCCUUGCCCACCUCGACCCCGACCCCGACCCCGACCCCGAUUCGCUCCUCCGCCGCUGCUCCCUCGUCGUCCACCUCGACGCCGAGCUCGUUCCUCCGCCGGAACCACUGCCGAGAGCAGCUAAGGAAAACCUAGAAUAGGUGGUGUUAUCUGGCUUCGAAUUGCUGUCUAGACAUUUCUUGAUCUUCACUCAUCAGAAACUUAAAGCAUGAGCUCCCAUCGCGUGAAGUGGAAUGAGGACAAUCUGUAUGAGAUUGAAUCAAACAAGCCAGUGAGGCAGAAGAUAACCGAGCCCAAGACACCGUAUCACCCUAUGAUGGAUGAAGAUGGGUCACUAUCACCAACACGCCCUUUCGACAAGUGUCUAGAUGAGACUGUUAGUGCUGAAGCUAUAUUGACUGCUUUAAAUGGUGUGGCCUCUUCAAGUAAAAAUGAUUCAAAGGAUGAUGAGUGGGCAUCCUCAGAUGAUGAUGCAGAUGCCAUGGAACAGGAUGACUCAGAAGCUGACAGAUCAUCAGUGAGUUUCAAAGAGCAUCGCCGCAAUCACUACGAUGAAUUCCGCAAGGUCAAGGAACUGAUGCGCACUGGAUCCCUGGUUGAAGACGAGGCCCGUGCGAACGAGCGAGCUGCAAACGACGUCGAAGACAAACCCGCAGGAGAGAAGGCAACAGGCGACAAGAGUGAAUCGUCAGCAUCACCUCAAGUAUGAGCCGCAAAGUGAUUUCUGUGGUCGCUAAGCCUAGGGAAGUUCAACUAAGCGGGAGCAUGCAGUUUGCGCCUGCUCUAUGUGUAUUGCUGGAUCCUUGUUUUCAUACCAGAUCGGAUGAUUUUCUGUACGCAAAGAACCUGUUCCUCUUUUCAUAUUUUGAGAUCUUGUGGUGCCUAAAGUGGUGGAGAAUUCUAGUUACGUCACGUUCAGUCAGGGGGCUAGAAUUUGCCUGGGCUGCUUUUUAUAAUUCUGGAACUGAGUUAUAUGGACAACCCUUUUCUUCGUGA